GUGCGGUGCUUUUUUUGGAGCAGAAGGCGCCUUCUUCACUUCUCUCACCUUUUGUCCACUCCGCUACCACCCCUGUUUAGCCAGCUUCGAGGCUCAGCUACCGCGAGGAGUGCGGACAAAGCAUCUGAAUUUCUGUGGUUUUUACACAGGGCCUUUGCUUGCAAGGUGCCUUAUCCGAUAGAACAUGGUGCGCAGGGCUUGUGCCGUACACUUGCAGCUGCGGAUGAUAUAGACUAGCUCAGAUUUCGGGUGUUGGCUUCAGUGUUUAGAUUGUUGCAGACGAAAACGUUUGCGCGCCCUUGUGUCAAAGCCUUUUGCAAUGCCCUCGGAAAACAAGUUUGUUCUCUCCACAAGUCGGGCUUGCCCUAUUUAUCCAAUGCGUCUGUUUGUGUCCUCCCACAGCAGUGGUCUGACUUUAGGCCUGACUUUUGCUCAAAAUUGUGUUUGGACUUGCUAAAGACCUGCAAGCAGCAGUAAACACGCCAAAGCUUUGUGGGUUUGCCGUCAAUAUUUCGAUCUUAGUUGAAACAAGCCUCGUACAGUGCUGCUUCUCGCCGUGGACUUGUCCUCAAGUCAAUGUUCAGACGUUUAUUUGUACGGCUGCUCUUCCAGCAGCGUCAGCUGCGGUGCCGUGCUUCGGUGCUGCGGUCUUUGGAAGUCCUUCAGGUCGGCUUCAGGUCGGCGCGCCAACGUCGGUGAAGCCACAUGAAGGAGGGGCUCUUUUAUGUGGCGCAUCGCUGUGGCGCAUCGCUGUGGCGCAGAGUCCGUGAUGCGCAUCGCUGCGGAAAAAGAAUUGGCCUUUUCAGUUCGAAAGAUCUUUGCAUCGCGAAACCGCGGGGAGCCCAACUCCUCCACCGCGGUGGGCCUUCUGGUGAUGUGUUCAGCGAUGUCACCGUUGGAGACAGCCACCGCCGUGGGAGACCCGCGUGGUCUCCCACCACGGCCGCGUCGUCAGGCUUUGCCGCGGGCGCCGAGGUCUAUGCCGUGGAGAACCUCACCGUCAGUGAGGGGAACUGCAGCAAGGUGGUGGUGCGCUGGGGCGCCAAGGGCGAGGUCCUGUCCGAGCAGUCCGAGCAGGAGGGGCAAUACUUGGUGAACUUCCCCGAGGCCUCGUCGCUGGUGAGUUCCAAGCUGAGCGUCUCGGCGGAGCAGUUGUCUCUGGAGGCACCUCGCUUUCGGCAAGGCCAAUGGGUGCAACUCGCCAAGGAGAUUCACUUCAGGAGCAAGCGUGCCUUGCGCGCCGGGCAACCGGGGGUGAUCCGCGACCUUCGGGUGUACGAAGGGUCGGAGUGUGAGUCCUUGGUGCUGCGCUUGCCGCCUGUAGGGGCAGUGGACAGCUUCGACUUCAGUGUGUCGCCCAAGGACGUGGUUGAGAUGAAAGGCCUCCCGGCGAAUUUCGCGAACUGCGGCUCCUUUGUGCUGCCGGGCGGCUUCGCGCCAGGCGAUAUGGUGUUCUCCCAGGGCGACAUCAUCGUCCAGGCGCCCGAGGGUGGAAAGACCGUGGCCGUGGGCUACGGCGAUGUGGGCAUGGUCUUCGGGGAGGCCAUCUCCCCGGAGUCCCGGCAGAAAGGUGAGCUGCUGAUCCGUUUCGAGGCACGACAGGACUUGGGGAACCCCGUCUUCCUGUCGGUGAAUCCCAAAUCUUUGAGUCGCCACCCGCUCUUAGUCGCUGGACGCCACGUCGAGCUCACCAAACCCUUGAGAUUUGCCGAUGGCACUGUCUUGGAGAGCGGCCGCGAGGGCGUGGUGGUGCAGACCAUCGGCGAUGGCUACGAGGCCGACAUCGUGCAGGUGCAUGACGGGCAGCAGGAGCGAAGCUUUCAACCGGUGGCCGAUUCCUUUGUCAUGGUCAAGGAGUCCAAGAAGAGCCUUGAAGUCCUUGAGGCGCGCCUGCAAGAGUUGGAGACCCUGGCGUUGAUGAACGACCGCGCGGGCAAGACCCGCAGGAAUGUGUCGAUGCUGGAUCAGAACCUUUGGGCCCUCUGUGGCUUCGGUUCGGGUCUCAACAUCUCCUUCUUGACGCACCAGUCCAAGUGGCCUCGGCUGGGCAGUCUCUCCGCGGACAACAGGUGUUUGACCUUGAAGCCGACCUCACAGGAGGGCUUCGAUGGCACGUUGGGCGGCGAGAGCACAGUCUGCUUUGACCAUGAGGCGCUGGUGAACGACGAGACGCGCGUGGCCCCCUACGCGGCCGCACUACGGCGGGUGGCAGCCGGGCGACGCGUGCUGGACAUAGGCACGGGGCCCGUGUGCUUCCUGGCACGGCUCUGCCUCCGCGCGGGCGCGCGGCACGCCGAUGCGGUGGAGAGCUCGGAGGCGUCGGUGCAGCGAGCCGUGCAGUGCUUCCAGGCAGAGGUGCGCGGCCAGAGCAGCGAGCGGUUCUUACCCGAGUGGGCGAACCUGAAGGUGACUCAGCUGGAGGAAGGCGAUGCAGAGGUGCACGUGACCGUGGCCGAUGCGGCGCAGGACGCGGUGACCGCGACGCAGUCGCUGCGCUUGUGCCGUGGCCUGUCCACGGAGCUGCAACUGCCGAAAGGCUACACGAUGUUGGUGCACGAGAUUCUCGGCGACAUGGCCGGGAACGAAGAUGCCGCCUUGGUGGUCCACGACAUCCACCAGCGAGGCCUCUUGGCGCCAGACUGUGUGGUGGUGCCGCGCUCGUCUUCCACCUGGUUGGCACCCACCCGCGCGUUGGAUCGGAGCAGCUUGGAGACGUUGAUUCAUCGCCUUGGCCAUCAGGGUGAUGCCUGCAUCACGCCCGGCGCCCGCUACAGCGCCCGGCGCUUCCCCAAGAGCGCGCUGCUGGCCGAGCCGCAGGCACUGGAGUAUUUGGACUUCCAGAAUGGCCCGGAACUCUUCCAGCAGAGGAAUUUGGAGUUCAGGACCACUCGCGCUGGAGACCUGGAUGGAGUUCAUAUGCAUCUGCAUGUGGAUUUGGACGACUCCAAUUGCAUCGACGUCUUGGAUGCUCACAAUACGGCUGAGAGUGAUUCCUCGUGGAACACCCUCUACCUACGCCUCCUGGGUGAGCCCAAGCACCUGGAACCCUCUACGCGCAUCGUGUGCCGUUGCACCGCCGACCUGCGCCAGCGGCCGGCCUCCUACUCAGUGGCAUUGUUGGUGGGUGAGGAGGGCGAAGAGGUGGAGCUGUGCUCCGACUUCCGCUGGAGCGGCGGCUGACGCCGUGACGGACGCCCCCCCUUCGUUGGGGUGGCCACCACGUGGAGGGUCGCGGCGGCUGUGAGGCGGCCGUGGCUGUGGCUGUGCGAUGCGAAAGAUGCGCAGUGCACUGGAGAAAGGGUCACAUGUUUGGAGUCAUUGGAAAAGAUGGAGUUUGUCCAACGAGCCUCUUUU